GCUGUGGCGCCCAGGGUUGCCACCCGCCCAGGCUUCGCGGCCCAGCCAUGCCCGGCACCGAGCUCUGGAGCCCCAACCCGGGGACAGCAUUCUGGGACUACUCUGGGUCAGGGUCCGGGGCCCUGGAGGAGCUGGAGGUGUGUCCAUCGGGGGACCUGCCCUACAGCUACGCCUACAUCCCUGUGCUCUACCUGGCGGCCUUCGUGGUGGGCCUGCUGGGCAACGGCUUCGUGGUGUGGCUGCUGGCGGGGCGGCGCGGCCCGCGGCGGCUGGUGGACACCUUCGUGCUGCACCUGGCGGCCGCAGACCUGGGCUUCGUGCUGACGCUGCCGAUGUGGGCCGUGGCGGCGGCGCGCGGAGGCCUCUGGCCCUUCGGCCAGGGGCUGUGCAAGCUCAGCAGCUUCGCGCUGGCCGCCACGCGCUGCGCGGGCGCGCUGCUGCUGGCGGGCAUGAGCGUGGACCGCUACCUGGCGGUGGUGAAGCUGCUCGACGCGCGGCCGCUGCGCACCCCGCGCUGCGCCCUGGCCGUGUGCGGCGGCGUCUGGGCCGCGGCGCUCCUGGCCGGCCUGCCCGCCCUGGCCUACCGCGGCCUGCAGCCCCUGCCCGGGGGCGGCGGCAGCCAGUGCGCCGAGGAGCCCUCCGACGCCUUCCAGGGCCUCAGCCUGCUGCUGCUGCUGCUGACCUUCGUGCUGCCCCUGGGCAUCACGCUCUGCUGCUACUGCCUGAUCUCGCGCCGCCUGCGCCGGGCGCCGCACCUGGGCCGCGCCCGCAGGAACUCGCUGCGCCUCAUCUUCGCCAUCGAGAGCGCGUUCGUGGGCUCCUGGCUGCCCUUCAGCGCGCUGCGGGCCGUCUUCCACCUGGCGCGGCUGGGGGUGCUGCCGCUGCCCUGCCGCCUGCUCCUGGCGCUGCGCUGGGGCCUCACCCUCACCACCUGCCUGGCCUUCGUCAACAGCUGCGCCAACCCGGUCAUCUACCUGCUGCUGGACCGCUCGUUCCGCGCGCAGGUGCGGCGCCAGACCUGCGGGUGCUCCGGGCGCGGGGCGCGCCGCAUCAGCUCGGCGUCCUCGCUCUCCAGGGACAGCAGCUCGGUGUUCCGGAGUCGGACCUGCAGCUGGGGGCGCGCGGCCUCCCUGUAG